CCAGAGGAGGGAGUUCUGCCAGGGACAGAGGAGGAGCAUUUUGACGUGAGCUCCAGGGCAAGGAGCUUGCAAGAGCUUUACUUCACGUCAUAUUGUUUCAUGGCAAGUGCUGGGAUCGCAGGCAAGCCUAGCAGCCAGUGGCUUUCUCUGCUGUCUUCCCCUCCUCCAUUGUAGAAUGCACCGAGCCUGCAGCCUGCCAUAGGCACCAGACAUAUGGAUCUGCUGCAUGACUAGGGGACAGGACAGGGGGCACCAUCCUGAUGCUUUAGACCCCAGGUGACACUGCAUGUGAACAAUGUUGCACACCCUGAAGUGUCGGAUGCUGAAGAUUCUUCAACACGCUUAGUUCUUUAAGAGUGCGAACACUGGCACCACAGGCGGCGGGACAGAUAUAUGUUGGGUAAAGCGGGAAAGCGAAAGUUUGACGAGCAUGAAGAUGGGCUGGAAAGCAAAGUGGUGUCACCGACCGAUGGGCCUUCGAAGGUAUCCUACACCUUACAGCGCCAGACUAUCUUCAACAUUUCCCUUAUGAAACUCUACAAUCACAGGCCCUUGACAGAGCCAAGCUUGCAGAAAACAGUUUUAAUUAAUAACAUGUUGAGACGGAUACAGGAGGAGCUGAAACAAGAAGGCAGCCUGAGGCCUGUGUUUAUUAGCACUUCACAGACAUCAGACCCUCUUUGUGACACGUAUCAGGAGGCACAGCCUGCUUUCAGCCAUCUUGCCUCCCAACCUACUCUACAACCCACUGACUUAAUAAACACUACACCACUAGAGUCUUGCCUCACCCCGGCCUCUCUGCUUGAGGAGGACACAUUUUGCACUUCCCAAACAGUCCAGCAGAAUAGUCCUAGCAGCAAGCUCCCACCACCUUCACCGCUGCCUCCUGUCCAGCCAGUAAAAGACAGCUUCUCCUCAGCCUUGGAUGAAAUUGAGGAGCUUUGUCCAACAUCUACCUCCACAGAGGCAAUGGUGGAAGCGGACCUAAAAGAUGGAACUGUCACAGCAGGAUCUCUUAAGUCUGAGGGAAUACAAGAGAACAGAACAAGUGAGCCAAAACUAAUGGAUUCCCUUCCCGGGAACUUUGAAUUAACAACCUCCACCGGCUUUCUUACAGACCUGACCUUAGAUGACAUCCUUUUUUCUGACAUUGAUACGUCCAUGUACGAUUUUGACCCUUGCACAUCAAAUGCUGGAGCAGCCUCUAAGAUGGCACCAGAUGAACUCCUUAAAACAUUGUCUCCUUAUAGCAGCCAACCAGUAACCCCAAAUCAGCCUUUUAAGAUGGACCUUACAGAACUAGACCAUAUUAUGGAGGUUUUGGUUGGAUCCUAAGAGAACAUGUCAUUGACUCUUUAUAAUCCUCAUCCCUCCCCCACAGAUUCCCAGCACUGUGCAUGAAUACUCUUGCCUUUUUUGAAAAACAAAAAAGGAUCUUGUUUAAAUAUUGCAUUACGCUGUAUCGGAGUGCCUUCUGUAUGACUGCUUUGGAGAUACUUUAUAAGUCGUUCUCCAUGGCCGAUCGUACUACAGUCCACUGAAGAUUUCAUACAAACUACCGAGUGUCAACUUAGACGCCAGUUUGAGUUGUACAUGUAUAAGCACAAGAAUUGUGUUGGGGAACGCUGUAAAUUGCAUGUGCAUAACUGUCUAUUUUUUCAAUAAGUUUUAUUGCAAGAGGUAAAUUUUAUUACUUAAGUAAUCAGAGCCCCCCUCCCUUUUUUUUUUUUUUCUGUUGCCAUUUUAGCCCAUUUUAGAGUUGGGAGAAAAAAAAUCGGAGGCAUUAAUUACUGCUUUUCCAGUAAGAAUUGCAUAUAAAUGGCUGCUUAGGUCCCCUUGCCCAAAUGUUUUUAUAUUUUUGUACAGAUUCUCUCGUUUUAUUAUAUUGAUUUUCUAUAAAAAGAAAAAAAAAGAACAAAAAAUAGCUGGAACAAGUGUUUUCGAGCGACAAAGUAAUAUUUGUUAAAAUUUGCAUAUAAAGUUCCUUGCUAAUUAAGAUGUACAAUAUUAGCCCAAACUUUCCAGUCCAUGUCGGUAUUUGGCCACUAAGCUGUAUUUUGAGGCAAGGAGGUAUAAGUUAUUUCCCCUCUUUAGUUGCAACAAAUUUUUGUCAUGGAAAAGGGAAACAGAUUAUUUAAUUCCCCAAAUUUGUUUUGCUGUCUGCAAAAAAAAGUGUUAUUUAUUUAGUCAUCUGGGUAUUUAUUCUCAACUGUCUGAUCUAUCAUCCCUAAUUUUACAGGUAUAUGGGUGUUAACUGUAUUUGUUUCAUGAUGCCAUUAAAGUGUACUGGUCAUCAAGUCACAGCACACAUACCCUUGGAUAGGGAAGACUAAAGAUUUUCAGAACACAAUCUAUCAGUAGGUAGAUGUCCCUCUUGUAGCUGAGGUGCAUUAAUGCUGUAUGUGGUUUUUACCUAGACUGUAUUUUAAUAAAUGGUUUACGGUAUUUAUGCAAUCAGCACAGUUGAGGGACAGGCUGGCCCAAAAACUAUUAUUUCAGACAUUGGGUGAAAAUGAGAAGAGUUGCCACCCCUCUUUUAUCUUUGAAAGAUUCCUGUAGCAAAACCUCUCAGCUGGUUACUGUCCAAUCUACAUUUUUUUUAACUUAACCUAGGGAAUGGACAGUAUAGGUGCCCUUACCUAUACUAAACCAUAUGGCCAUACAGUGUAGACACCUGAAAAUAAACAACUAAUUAGUAUGAAAACUUAGAUGCAAGCAAAAUAGAGUUCCUAUAACCAAUAAGACUUCUACUACCUGUUAAUGGGGUGUUAGUAUAGACAGUUUAAAGUGUAGAUCCCAGCUGUUUGGGGUCUAUACUAUACUUGACAGAGCAUUGAUUUUGGCUGUAUUGAAGAAGUGCUCUGUUUUCCAAGAAUACUGGCAUCCCAGUUGUCUGUCAAAGGAGCAACCAGAAGGGUUGGUGCAGCCUUUAGGGGUUGAACCAUUUAGGUCUAGGUUUCUUAUUUAUAUUUAGUAAAAGUAGUUUAUUUAUAACAGUGUGUUUUCCCUGCUUACUUUUAAUUUGAAUAUGAACACCUCCCAGCUACCUCGUGAAUACCAAUGAUUGUUCACAUUGUACACCCUCACCAUCCAUUAUCUUCACACUUUAUUUCCUUUGAAAACCUUACACAUUAAGUCUUAAUGCCUACAAACAGCUGGCAUUAUAUAAUACCUACCUGACCUCCUUCACUUGGACAACAUACUAAGCCAAGGCAGUGGCCACUACCUUUUUCUACCCCCUUAACUGGGUACAUAUGCAAUUUUUGUACCACGCAUUUGUUUUAAGAUGAGAAAUUUGUCUUCUAUUCUCACACUAGAAAAGCCUUUAUAAAACUAAAAAUAGAACAAAAUGGGUAUACGCGAUCAAUUCCUUUUUUAUUUGUUUUUCUUUUUUAAAUCACUGUUCUGACACUUCUCCCCUUAAUCUUGUAUAAAGGAAAAUGCAGAACUUUCGUGAAAACUGGAGCACAGAAAAGACAAAAUGCAUGCUUUGUGUUAGAUGCUUGCUUUCAUGUUCUAAAUGGCACUAGAAAUGCCAGUUAUGAUCUGAUUGGUUACCUGGCUAAAUAGGCAUUUUUGCUGUGUACCAGCUUUUAUCAAGGUCAGCUAGUGUCUCUGAAAGGUUAUCUCCAACCAAAACUGAUAUGCCACUUUUUGGGUUGUCAGUUGAAUCAGCCACUGAUACUUUGGCUGUGAGAUUUCCAACCCAUAGAUUAAGUCUCCACCAUUCUCUCAAGUUGUCACAUUAGUUUUACAUUCUGAAAAUGCAAGUGUGAUGCUUUUGCCUAACCUCUUGUUGCGGCAAAGCAGAGGUGGGGACUCUGGCAAGACCAUUUUGCAAUCAAGAGCCCCCAAGAGAUAGGAGAUGAGAAGGUGGCACAUGAUUUGGGGUCUACCUAAAAUUAAAAUAUCAUCUUUGAGUGGAAAAUGGCUUUUAAGAUGUAUUGGCCUCCCAUGCAUAAUGAAAGCAGCCAGUGUGAACCAAUAUUUGGUCUAUCAUUUUACUGGGAACUACAGUACAUAUAACUCCUGUGGGGCCUGAUCAGAAUGAGAGCCACCAACACUGCCUCAUUGUUAAAGCCAUCUAUUUAAUGUAUCAGGAUUGCUUAUCCACUGGCCCCUUAACACAAGGAUGUCACUAGUUCCUCAAGGGAUGAGACUGCAUUAUCUGAAGUACUGCUUUAAAUGGCUGUUGCUAUAAAUGCGUGUGAGACCAGUAAAUGUUAAAGUAACACACUUUAAAUCCAUGUCCAUAUUUUGGGUGUUUGUGCCUCUUGUGUUUUUGUAUUAUCUACAGUAUAUUUUGUAUUGUAUAUGGAAAGCCUCAUUUUCUGGCAGCAAGGUGAAAGCUGAAACAAAGAAAUCAUUUUUUUCUUUUUUUCUUUUUUAUCCAUGACUGGUUUUCCUAGUAUGACAUCAUCAUUUGGCAUUUUUGCAUCAUUAUCAGUUUUCUAUUUCUAUCAUGUACAUUAAGAGACAUUCACUCUUACCAAUACUAUGUAUUAUGUGAAAGAAAAAUAUUCUUAUUUAUGCGCUUCUGUAAUUAACCCCUUACUUUUAUUGUAAAAGUACUUUUGUAGCCAUUCUUGGUAUGUAUGUGUAAGAGAACUUGUCAGAUCCAUCAGUAUGUCAAUCUAAUAAAACACCCUCUCUAUGUUGUCUGCAAGUGAGUAUAGUAAUCCUCUCAUCGAUCUCUCCAUGUCUUUGACCUUGGGUCAUGGUGCAUGCUAUACACAGGUCCAAUUUGGUGACUAAUUCCUGGUUUGGAGCUAAGCAAUGUCUAAUGCUUAACAACCCAGUGUGCGAUCCUCUACUGGUCACUGAGUCGGGAGCAUUGCAAUGGUGGAUAGCAGGAGUGAGUUUAGCCCUUGGAAGAAAAGAGUGAAGCUCCAGGUCAGGAAGAUAUUGUCUUGUGUAUAUCAUGUAUUUGUUAUCCAAAAUCCAUUAGAGGCUUUUUCGGAUGUACUUGCAGGUACCAAAUAGGGUUUGUGUUUUUGGCAGUAGUAUUAGAUUGGACACACUGGGGUACCUGAGAUGUUCACUUGAUAUGACCAGUAGACUAAUUUAUAAAGAAGUUAUUCAUGUAUAAAAACUGGAAGAAAUGGAAGUCAAAGUAGUUCCCUCUGCAGUCAAUAAGAUGUGAGCUUAAUUUUUUAAUCCCUUCCAGGGAAGAAAAUAACCUAUUGGUUGUUAAUGGCAGGAACUCUGUUUUGGCUACAGUUUGAAUAUACCAAACCACAGAUUUCUAAGAAGUGGUGAAAGAUUUAUAUAUAGCCAUGUAGCCAAAUGAAAUCACCAAACGUUAGAAAACGCAAAAGGUCUUAUUUAUCAAUCUGUCUUGGCAGGUAUAUCUCAGACAGUGAGUGUUGCCCGUGGAAACACUUGCCAUUAAUUUGCCUAUACUGAAAAAAACAACCUGGAAUCCGGUUGCAAUUCUUUCCUCAGGCACAUUGGCAGUGGAUUUGUUCUUUAACUUUGCGAGGAGAUGUUCCUAGAUAUACACUUACCAUAGGUUAAAAUAGACCUCGUGUAUCAAACCAAAGAAUAAUAAAAAGUGCUGUUACAUAGAGCCCCAGUAGGGUUUUGGUUUUGUAACUGGCACUAGAAAAGCAACAGCUGAACUCUGACCAGUUGUUUUGACAGUGCCAUCACUUCUCAUUUCCUGUGGUUUGUUUACAUGAAGUUCCAUUUUCUCUAAGUAAAUUUCAGCCCUGCAGUCAAUUACCUAUUAAAAAGGAAACAAAUGGAGAAAUAUUAGGUAUAUUCAUAUUCAGUAACUCAUUGGAUGUGACUGUCCCUGGAUUCAGUAGUUUCUAAUUCAGUGUAAAGAUGGUAUCUGAUAAAGGUAUCAAAACCUAUGGAUAUGCAAGUGCAGCAACCCAGAGCAACCAAUAAAAUGUUAUAUUACUGG